CUCCUCGGUCCCCGCCUGCCGCCGCCGCCCCCUCCCCCAGCGGCUGGCGGCUGCGGGCAGAGGCAGGAGGCGCCUCGGAGGCAGCGGGAGCCGGAGAAGCCGCAGUAAAGAGAUCAUUCAGGCAUUGGUUUCAAAGGCCUUUGUGGCACUGUAAAGAAGAGCUGAGCUCCUCGAAAGCCGGUCUGCUUCGCUCUCUGGGGAAAAACAGAGCUGAGGAGGUGGAAAGCUGAUCAUCACGGCUGAGGACUUGUGGAAUGCUGUGAAGACUCCCACUGCCCCGCAGCCCUAGGCAGAUCACCGUCGGGAUUGUCUCCAUCCGAAGGAAGUUCGUCCACGAGAGAGUUCCCGGUCUUCCACGAUGAACCCUGUUUACAGCCCCGUUCAACCUGGGGCUCCCUAUGGAAACCCGAAGAACAUGGCUUACACAGGUUACCCGACAGGAUAUCCCACCGCGGCCCCAGCCUACAACCCCAACAUGUACCCAACCAGCAGCCCUGGCUACGCCCCAGCUACACUUCUGAUGAAGCAAGCCUGGCCACAGACCUCCUCGUCCUGUGCCACGGAGGGCACCUUCCACCUCCCAGUGGACACUGGGACCGAGAACAGAACUUAUCAGGCUUCUUCUGCAGCAUUCAGGUACACUGCGGGGACUCCCUACAAGGUCCCACCGACCCAGAGUAACAACGCGCCUCCUCCCUACUCUCCGUCUCCGAACCCGUACCAAACGGCGAUGUACCCCAUCAGAAGUGCCUAUCCCCAGCAGAACCUGUACACCCAGGGAGCUUACUACACCCAGCCGGUGUACGCGGCGCAGCCUCACGUCAUCCAUCACACCACCGUGGUGCAGCCCAACAGCAUCCCGUCGGCGAUCUACCCGGCCCCCGUGGCUGCGCCCAGGACCAACGGCGUGGCCAUGGGCAUGGUCGCGGGGACCACCAUGGCCAUGUCGGCAGGAACCUUGUUGACCACCCCACAACACACCGCAAUCGGAGCACAUCCAGUUUCCGUGCCAACGUACAGGGCUCAAGGAACCCCCACGUACAGCUACGUACCUCCACACUGGUAAACCCACCGGCCGAGUCAUAUCCAGAGUCAGACAUCGUAUGCAACUCCACAAGUCUUACAUCGGGGCUGCAGCCGCCGGACUGCAGCACCUCGUCUGUUUGCGAGAACAAAAG